AUGUCUUCCGACCUCGGCAAGAGCCGCCACGGCAUUCCGGACAUCGUGUUUGAGAAGAUCGACAACUAUGUCGACUCACUUGCACCCCAAAUCCAACCCCGCAUAACCUCCGAGCUGGAGACUUUUCAGCAGAAGACAAUUGAUAGUCUUGAGGAUCAGGUCAUCGACGCCUUCCGUUCACUGUUCAACAAGGACAAGGAUCCCAGUGGCGCUCGAAGCUUGAAUGACUCGCCUCCGGAUGCCUACGGUGCACAGUCUCUGCCUUUCGCUGACGAGAUUGCCAGCCUUACUCGGAACUUCAGCAAAAUCACAGAUGAGGCUGGCGAUGACCUCAGGGAUAUCUUCGACCUGACCGAGAACCGCAGCGGUGGUGGCGGCGAUCAAUCUCGCGGCAUUGAACACACUGAUUCCUUCUCUCGUGGUGCUAAGGGUUUCUUCUCCGCCGCAAUCAAUGCUGUGCAGGAUCACAUUGGCGACGAUAGACAAGGAGGAAACAAGUUCGAGCUCGAUGGCCUCUUGGGAGUCAUCAGUAAUACCGUCAAGGAUGCCGCGCGCAAUCCCGAGGAAAAAGCUCGCGUUAUCAGCCCUGAAAUCAAGGAGAAGGUUGGUGCGAAGCUCAGAGAGCAACAUGCUCCCAUCGCCGAGCAGUUCACCCGUAUCGCACUGGAUCACAUCAAGCGCUGGUUGCGCGGUAACACGAGCACGCGUGACAUUGGUGACGGUGUAAAGGGAGAGGUAGAGGACCAGGUCAAGGACCUGGUGAAGGGCCUCGGCGGGCUUUUCGGCAAGAAACAAUCAUCUGACGAGGGCGCUUCUAGAGGCUUUGGUGACCGCGAUGGAGAGGACAGCGGAAGCGGUGGCGGUUUUUCAAAGGUCAUCAGCGACAAACUGAGCACCGGUCUUGCCAAGGUCCAUAGGGAGGUCCGUCUUGAGUUCCGCAGUGUGUUGGGAGGUAUUGAGAAGCAGCUGUUCGAGCUUCUACCGGACGAGUUCCAACGGCCUCUCGAGAAGAUCUUGGGAGGCAACCCCUUUGAUUCACAGCUUGACAGAGAAGCUGGUGGGCAAGCGGACCGUGGUUUUGGUGAUGAUAUCAAGAUGAAGCUGGUCAACAAGAUCCGUGGUCUGAUCCGCAAGGUCCAGGAGACCCUGCGUGAAAGCAUCUUGGGAGUUGUCAAUGGUGGACACCGCAAGUUUGAGCGCGAGAGUUGGGUAUUCGUGCAAACUAUUGUGGAGGGCAAGGUUCAAAAGUAUCUUCCAAAGGUGAAGAUCAGCGUUCCCGACGACAUCGGCAACGAGGGAGUUAGCGUGGGCUCUCCAAAUGUGCAGCUUGGCGGAGGCCACCAGCCCGUCCCUCCGGUGCAGGGCAACUACCCUCCUCCUCCUUCACAUCACGAGACUGGCGGACCUCAGCAAGGUUACAACCCUGGAAACUACCAGCAACAUCAGCAGCAUCAGGAAUACCGGCCUGACCAAUACCAACAACACCAGGAGUACAGGCCCGAUCAGUACCAGCAGCAUCAGGGAUACCAGCCCGAGCAGCAUUACUCUGGCCAACCUCAGAACUAUGGAGGAAACCAGGGAUACGACCCGAACCAGGGCUAUGGACAGAACCCGCGGUAUUAG